AUGGCGUCGGAAGACGAGCAGAUCUGUGUCGAUGCGGCAUUCCUGAAUGAGGAGCUCUCAAAUCUCAACAUUGGAGGUCCAGAUGCAGAGUCGGCAUCAUCAGAUGAGAGCGAGGCCUCAGGUGAUGUCAACGUCUUCGAUCCCACCCAGUGUCUUUUCUGCAAUUAUCAUAGUGAGAACUUGAACGAAAAGCUUGAUCAUAUGCGAAAGCGACACGGCAUGAUCAUUCCCCAUCUUGAGAGUUUGAUAGUCGACCUUGAGACACUAGUCAAGUACCUCCAUCUCGUAAUCUACGAGUACACCGAAUGUCUCUAUUGUGGGUCUAUCCAGAAUACUCCACAAGCCGCGCAACAACAUAUGACUGGGAAGGGACACUGCAAAAUCGAUGCUGAAAAGGAGAACUCCGAGUUCAAAGACUUCUACGAUUUCGAAUACAACGUCGACUCAGAUGGCAGCCGUUUUGGUGAUUCUGGACGCGCUGACUUUGUUGGCGUGGAAGAUGAAACACGGCGCUUACCUUCGGGGAAGACGGUAUCCCAUCGGAAGGCGAAGAAAGUUCGUGGUCACCGAGGGUUGAAGUCGGGAGAAGAAAUCGACAGUUUCUCUCUUUUUAAAGAAGGAGAGCGCCCCAAUAGCCUGAGCGAUGCCACGGCUUUGAUGAUCAACAAUGGGAAAACCAAAGAUCUGGUUGUGUCUCAUAAGAGCAAUGACCUGUUUGACAGGCAACUGGCAACAAUGAGGCAAGGAGAUCGAUUGGCUCUUGCGAAUUUGCCUCUUCCGCAGCAGAGAACGCUGGUUGCUUAG